AUGUUGGGCCAAUCGCGGGUGGUGGUUCUUUGUCUGCUGGCGGUGCUUCCGCUUUUAGCAGCGCAAGGUCAGAAAGCACGUAUCGUAUGCUACUUCAGCAAUUGGGCAAUCUAUCGGCCGGACGUGGGACGCUACACGAUCGGUGACAUACCGGCGGAGAUGUGCACGCACAUCAUCUACUCGUUCAUCGGGGUGGACGACAGCAACUACCAGGUGCUGGUGAUCGACCCGGAGGUCGACCUGGAGCAGAGCGGGUUCCGCAACUUCACCGAUCUGCGCCAGCAGUACCCGCACGCGAAGUACCAGAUCGCGGUCGGUGGUUGGGCCGAGGGAGGAAAGAAGUACUCGGAGAUGGUGGCGCAGAAGGAGCGCCGCCAGUCGUUCAUCGCGAGCGUGGUGCAGUUCAUAAAGGUGUAUAAUUUCGACGGCUUCGACCUGGACUGGGAGUACCCGGGGGCGGCCGAUCGGGGCGGCAGCUUCGGCGAUAAGAAUACGUUUUUCUACUUCGUCGAGGAGCUGCGGCGGGCGUUCGAUCGGGAGGGGCGCGGCUGGGAGAUUACGAUGGCGGUACCGGUGGCCAACUUCCGGCUGCAGGAGGGCUACCAUGUGCCGGAGCUGUGCGAGAACCUGGACGCCAUCCACUGCAUGACGUACGAUCUGCGGGGCAACUGGGCCGGGUUUGCCGAUGUCCACAGUCCGCUGUACAAGCGUCCGCACGAUCAAUGGGCGUACGAGAAGCUGAACGUGAACGAUGGAGUCCAGCUGUGGGUCAACUAUGGAUGUCCUCCGAACAAGCUGGUAGUAGGAGUUCCCUUCUAUGGUAGAACCUUCACGCUGAGCGCCAGUACCACCAAUCCAACGCUGGGAUCGUACAUCAACAAGGAGGCGGGUGGUGGUGACCCGGGACCGUACACUAAUGCUACCGGAUUUUUGGCGUACUACGAGAUUUGCACCGAGGUACAGGACAAGGAAAAGGGCUGGACAACAAAAUGGGACGACGUAGGUCUCUGCCCGUACGCCUACAAGGGCACGCAGUUCGUGGGCUACGAAGAUGUGGAGUCACUGGAGCACAAAAUGAACUGGAUCAAGCAGAAGGGCUACGCGGGUGCGAUGACGUGGGCUAUCGACAUGGACGAUUUCCACGGCCUCUGCGGACCGGAAAAUGCACUGAUGAAGGUGCUGUACGACGGCAUGAAGGAUUACGUAGUGCCCGAACCGACGAUCACCACCACUCCAAGGCCCGAAUGGAAUCGACCACCAUCGACGGUCUCAACGGAAGACGAUCAACCAUCGAAGCGUCCGGCGGCAACAACUACCACGGCUCGUCCAAGACCGACCACAACGACGGCAGCACCGAUUACGACGACAACCCGCAGAACCACCACGCGCACGACCACCCGCAAGCCGGUCACAAUUCUUCCACCGGAACCGGAGGAUUCCGGCGAGGACCGUGAACCGGAGCCGGCACCGGCAAGCCCGGAGCGGGAGGACGAAUCGGAGAUUGACUGCUCGGGCUAUAAGGACUUUGUCCCGUCGGCCGACUGCACCCGGUACUAUCGGUGUGUGCACGGGCAACCGGUGGAGUUCACCUGCAAACCGGGGACCGUCUUCCAUACGGCGCUAAACGUAUGCGAUUGGCCGGAGAAUGCCGACCGGAUCGAGUGCCGUUCAAAGGCCAAGCUGCUCGGGGAUUUAGCAGACAAGUAA